AUGUCGCAACGGGGUUCCGCUGUCCAUCGCACUCGUUCUCCCGAUACGACAGAUGAUCGUGACUGCACUCGCCUUCGAACGGAGGGGUGGUCUGAAGAUGUUAGUUUGUACAAAACACAUCCCUUCACUUUAGCCUCGCAGGGAACCACGAAUGGGGAUGGCCUCACUGAAGGGGAACUCUACAUUCAGUUGUGCAAGACUCCAGGCGGUAGUGAGCGACUUCCACCAGGAUGGGAGAAGGUGUUAUACGAAGGGGCGGUUGUUUACCUCGAUCACAUUUCUCGUGAAGCUCAUGAAGUGCCGCCGUGGGAAGUGUGGCGUAAGCGGAGUGGUGCUGCAGCUUCAUCUGCUUGA